GUGACGUCAUUGAGGGGUAAAACCGCAAAGGAUUGUGGGAACCCAAGGCAAGAGGUACUAGCGCACGCAGGCUUUCAAUUGAAAUAAGUUACACAGCGAUAAAAAGAAACAAAAAAUGGCAAGAAGCUGUUGCAUUGUUAAUUGCAAUAGCCGGUCGCAUGACAGUCUCGGGAAGCCGACGGGUAAAGAGAUCGGUUGUUAUCGGAUUACGUCGUUAAGGAGAAAUUGUUCAAGCCAUGUUUCCGAAGUAAAAAGAGGCGACGGAUGGCCUGGAUUGCAGCCAUUCAAAGACCAAAUAUAACGUCCAGAACACUCCAGCUCACAGGAGGAAUUGUGGCGACCAGGAGGCAGCACAUGGACAGUACACAGGGAACAGAAACAGAGCACGGGAUUAGGGAGAAGACACGGAACAGGAGUCUGGAUCGCACUGGGGAUUUAUUGUUGUUUGGAUUUACACCACUGUAAAUAAACGCACUACCUUCAUCAUCAAGUCCUGCAUUUUGGGUCCUCAUUCCUCACAUCCCACGCAGACCGUGACAAUCUCUAUUUUUCAGUUACAGACUUUUGGCCCUGUUUUGGCGUGGUGGGCGUGGCUACACAGAGAGGGGCGGGGAAUCAUGAGUGACAGCAGACCACUGCAGGCUCAAGAUGGUCCAUUUUUCAUGUUGCCUUCAGGAAACCUGGGAAUGAACAUAAUUUAUCAAACACCUCCUGCACUGUAUUAUUUGAUAAUGUUUAGAAAACAUGUCAUGCAUAACUGCUAAAACUCAGUUACUAAAGCUCUUUCAAGCAGUAAUGUGUACAAAUUACGCCGUAACUGAUCAAUUAUGAGACGUUUUCCCAGCCACUACGUGAGAAGUGGUCAUUUCCCAUGCUCUCAAAGUAGCGCGCAUUGUAUCGGGUGGGGGCUGCUGUUAACUUGUCCCUCAGUGAACGAUGGCGUCGUCUUCCAACAACACUGCUGGCGCGAACAAUCAGAAAUGGUCGCCGGAAUCGAGACUCGUUUCUUUGAAGGACCACCACACCAAAAAAGUCCACGCUAUUCCCUUACUGACUUUGACAGUGGACUCUUCAGGACUGUUGGUGAGAUUCUGGCCGUCAGUUUGGCACAAGGAAGUCCUGCCCCUACAUUUUUCAGCCAGUGGGCUUACAGUUACCUCUGCAAUGGGCAGAUCAACCCAACACAGCUGGAUAAAAAUACAGUGGCAGAUUCACAGUUGCGGUUACUGAUUGACCAGGUGGAAUCUUCAACUGAGCAGUCACUUCAGGGCCUUACUGAUGAGAUUUUAAACUGUGGAUUCACUGGAGCCAUCUCGGUUCAAAACAAGGAACCGAUUGUCCGAGCCAUUACACUCCAUGCUGUGCUUAGAUUGCAGCCAAUGUUGGAACAACUCAAGGAAGGUUUGCAGCUGUAUGGCCUCCACCUGCUGAUUAAGCAAUACCCAGAAAUCUGCCAGCCUCUCUUCGUCCUUGGGGGAGAUGUGAAAGUUAAUGCCGAGUUUGUCAUGGCGUCCAUUCACCCUCAGCUGAGUGAGAAUGGAACCUCCAAGCAUCAGGUUGAGCUGGACCUGGUUAACUUCAUUCAGGACUUGCUUUAUGAGUCAGAAGAAGGUCAAGAACAUGUAGCUGACGAAGAUGGCCCAAGAUCUAUCACACCUGCCAGGUUUCUGCAAUGGAUCAAGGCCAUGUUCCUCUCCUCCCCUCAGAAAAGAAGGAAUUUGCUGUGGUGGUAAAAUGUAAUCACAAUUGUGAAGCUGACUUUGGAAAUCACAGCAUCUGCUAUCCUGUUGUGUCAUCCUGUGCUAAGACCAUUGUCCUGCCUGUGAAACAUAUGAAGUCCUAUAGUCAAUUCAGAAUGGUUCUGCUAGAGGCUUUUCAUCUGGGCCAGGAAUUUAACAAUGUGUAAAGCAUAGCAUUGUCUAUCAAUAGUUUUGAGGUGUAACUCAAAAUGCUGCUCCUUCCAUUUAUUGUUCAGGAAGCACAUUUCAAAGUUGGAGAUUGACAGCCAGAGUUCUUUAAUGAGUGGCAUGAAGCACACAAAAACAUACAUGUUUACUGUUGAAAAAUGUGCCAGAGACAAAAAAAAUAGUUUGUAAUGUGAUGUUUGAGUGUUCACAUAAAAAUUUCCUGGCAGGUUCAUUUUACAUGUAUAUCACAUCAAAUAAAAGUCUGAGCUAUUCAUGAACCUUCUCUGGGUUGAAAAUUCUAAAUAAAAAUGUUGCCGCCUAGGAACGGUGAAUUAGUACAAAGUUAAGUACAUCCAAAUAAAUGUCUCGGCCAUGUGACUGAGAGGGCCUUGUUACAUUGACAGUGUCUCUUAGUCUUGCCAUGUCCUCCUCAGAUAGAGGACAUUCAACAGACGGAAGAAUUACUCCAGGAUUGCUCCCAUCCAGCUCAGCAAUAGAGUUGA